AUGUCUACUCCGCCACCCCGCCGCGAGAGUCUGCCCGCGCCUCCGCCUCGAAAUGGGACGCCAGUGCAGAAUUUCAUCGACAAGCAUGUCAACGGCCAUGCAGGUGGUCGGUCUAGUACCUCUACCCCGCCGUCAAGGCCAUCGUCCGCUGCGUCCCAUCGCCGCUCGCUCACCAUCUCUAAGGGUCACACGGUCUCUGUUGUUCUUAUUUCGUCCGCGCUCGAAACCAUUGCCGCAUCUAGAGAAGCAAAGCGGUCUGCCCCUCUGCGCGAGAGCGUUCAGCGUGCGCUGGAAAUGGUGAAGGCCGGGCAAGGCGGAGACAGACCGCGCGAGAUCUUCGAACCCUUACGUCUGGCGUGCGAGACUCGCAAUGAGAAACUCAUGAUUGCCAGUUUGGACUGUAUCUCCAAGCUUAUCUCCUACUCGUUCUUCGUGGAGCAUUCGUCGGAUGCCCAACCUCUGCCCUCUCCGCCUCUGUCACCGGCUCCUACAAGUCGGAAUUCGCUGUCAAAUGGUUCACAAGUCAACCUCCCUUCAAUAUCCCUCGUCGAUGUUGUCGUUCAUACGAUCACUUCAUGUCACUCAGAGAACGCGCCAGAGACGGUGUCCCUCCAGAUCGUGAAGGCCCUACUGGCACUCGUCCUAUCAUCCACCAUCCUCGUCCACCAGUCUUCACUAUUGAAGGCUGUCCGAACGGUGUACAAUGUGUUCUUAUUGAGCACAGACCCCGUCAACCAGACGGUUGCUCAGGGCGGUCUGACUCAGAUGGUUCACCAUGUCUUCACGCGAUGCAAGAUUGACCAUCCCACUCUGCAUUCUAUUGAUUCGAGCAUCACCUUGCAUUCCAAGGCAGAUGUCGCGUCAUCGUAUUCCACUUCGACGCCGCCACGCGACUCGGUCUCUCUACCUCCGCAGAGUCCACCUGUGGAGCGACCAGUCUCGCUGGCUUACUCUGAACAGACAGCCUCGACAUUAGUAAACGAGGAUGAGUUCAAGGCAAGGGGAUCAACUAAUGGCUAUGAUCAAGAAGAAGAGCCCCAUGAGUCUCUGGACAUCCGCUCGGAAUAUUCAGGCAAUGGUCACGUUCCUGAAGGCUCGCACCAUGCACCUCCCCAUAGAGAGCCCUCUGAAUACGGCGCGAGCGAGGCAGCGCACGAUGAGGAUCACGAUGCAUCAGGUCGGCAGUUAUCAGCUAAUGAUCUCUUCAUAAAGGACGCGUUCCUCGUCUUUAGGGCGCUAUGCAAACUGACAAUGAAGCCCCUCAAUUCGGAGAGUGAGCGAGAUCUCAAGUCGCAUGGCAUGAGGUCGAAGCUCCUGUCAUUGCAUCUUGUCCUGACAAUACUCAACUCGCACAUGGCCCUGUUCGUGUCGCCUUCUGCCGUCAUCUACUCGAGUUCCACGCAUGAGGCAACAUCCUUCGUGCAGGCUGUCAAUCAGUAUCUGUGUCUCUGCCUGAGCCGAAACGCUGUCAGCCCCGUCCUACAAGUCUUCGAGAUCAGCGUGGAGGUCUUCUGGAGGGUUAUAUCUGGACUUCGGACCAAGCUGAAGAAAGAAGUCGAGGUGUUGAUGCACGAGAUUUUCAUUCCGAUCUUGGAGAUGAAGACAUCUACUUUGAAGCAGAAAGCCAUUAUCCUCGGGAUGUUGCAGCGUCUGUGCCAAGAUCCUCAGGUGCUCGUCGAAAUUUACCUCAACUACGACUGUGAUAGUGAGGCAGUCGACAAUAUUUAUGAGCACCUCAUGAACAUCAUCUCAAAAAUUGGUACUACCCCGAUCUCGCAAGCACAGCAAAGGGCAAACGACCCAACGAGCCCUGGGCUGCCUCCCACGACGAAGAUCCAUCAGCGUGGUUCGGUUCCACCGUCGCUGAGCACUACAGCAUUAACAGGUCCAGGGUCGUCAGAUGCUUCCCAGCCUGUCCUGUCCGAACAGCAGCUACGGCGCCAGGGAUUGGAAUGUCUCGUGGCUGUCCUCAAGUCCCUAGUCGCAUGGGGAACGAACAGUUCAACCGACAACCCACCAGACACUGCCCGGUCAAAUGUUGGGGAAGACAUUCGGAAGGAUAGCGUUACGCCUGAUGUAGCCAGUGACAAGAUGUCUGCUCCCUUGAGUGCUGAUCCGACUAGACAGCCAACGCCAGAUGGUACAGACGAUCCGAGCAAGUUCGAGAGUGCCAAGCAGAAGAAGAAUACUCUUCUGGAAGGAGUCAAGCGUUUCAACACCAAGCCCAAGCGGGCAUUGCUCAUCUUUCUGCAGGGCAUUCAAUUCUUCAUCGAGACUGGCUUCAUUCCGAGUAACUCGUCCCAAGAUAUUGCCAGGUUCCUACACGAAACCGAUGGCCUCAACAAGGCGAUGAUUGGAGAAUACCUCGGCGAAGGCGACGAGGAGAAUAUCGUAAUCAUGCAUGCGUUUGUGGACCAGAUGGACUUCAGGAACCUCCCGUUCGUCGAUGCCCUGAGGACAUUCCUGCAAGGCUUCCGCCUUCCCGGAGAAGCGCAGAAGAUCGACCGCUUCAUGCUGAAGUUCGCUGAACGGUAUAUCGCUGGCAAUCCACAGACGCCGUUUGCUAAUGCCGAUGCUGCAUAUAUAUUGGCCUACUCGACGAUCCUAUUGAACACGGAUGCUCAUAAUCCGCAGGUCAAGCGUAGGAUGAGUCUACAGGACUUCAUCAAGAAUAACCGUGGGAUCAACGACGGCACUAACCUUCCGGAGGACUUCCUGACAUCCAUCUACCAAAGUAUUGUGACAAACGAAAUUCGCAUGAAGGAUGAGGUAGAAUCAGCUACGCCGGUUGUCACUCCAGGUCCCGGACUUGUCGGCGCCUUGGCCAACGUCGGCAGGGACCUUCAAAAGGAAGCCUACGUGAUGCAGUCCAACAACAUGACGAACAAAACUGAGGCCCUCUUCAAGACACUUAUGCGCUCUCAGCGCAAGGGGUCAAGAUCUAGCGAACACUUCUUUAGCGCAUCACACUUCGUACACGUGAGACCGAUGUUUGAAGUCGCUUGGAUCCCCUUCCUAGCUGGUCUGUCAGGUCCGCUGCAGGAUACCGACGACCUGGAUAUUGUCGAGAUUUGCCUUGAUGGCUUCAAAAACGCCAUUCGUAUCGUCUGUUUCUUCGACAUGGAACUGGAGCGCAAUGCCUUUGUAACAACGCUAGCGAAGUUCACUUUCUUGAACAACUUGGGUGAAAUGAAGACGAAGAACAUGGACGCAAUCAAGACACUCUUAGAUGUCGCCGUCACAGAGGGCAACAAUCUAAAGGGAUCCUGGCGCGAGGUUCUCACAUGUGUCAGUCAACUUGAGCACAUGCAGCUGAUCAGUAGUGGCGUUGAAAUACCGGAUGCGGGCCGUAAGAGCCGUGUUCGCAAACCACCUACUGAGGAAUUGGCAAAUGAGAGUCGGUCGACUCACAUUACAGUCGCCGCAGACAUGGUGUUUUCCCUCAGUCAUUACUUGUCCGGAACUGCUAUCGUGGAAUUCGUUCGAGCAUUGUGUGACGUUUCUUGGGAAGAGAUCCAGUCGUCUGGCCUAUCACAGCAUCCUCGUCUUUUCAGUCUGCAGAAAUUGGUCGAGAUUGCAUACUAUAACAUGAACCGGAUUCGUCUGGAAUGGUCGAACAUUUGGGAGAUCCUUGGCGAGCACUUCAACCAGGUAUGUUGCCACAACAACCCACACGUCGGAUUCUUCGCCUUGGAUGCCCUACGUCAACUCGCCAUGCGGUUCCUGGAGAAGGAAGAACUGCCGCAUUUCAAGUUCCAGAAGGAUUUCCUGAGACCAUUCGAGUACACGAUGAUCCACAACUCAAAUCCGGACAUUCGUGAUAUGGUCUUGCAAUGCUUACAGCAGAUGAUCCAAGCCCGAGUGGGUAACAUGCGUUCAGGCUGGCGGACAAUGUUUGGUGUCUUUUCGGCUGCCUCCAAAGUGCCAACAGAACGCAUUGUCAGCUCUGCGUUCGAGCUGGUUACACGUCUCAACAAGGAGCACUUCACCGCAAUUGUACGACACGGCGCGUUCGCUGAUCUGACUGUCUGCAUCACGGACUUCUGCAAAGUCAACAAAUACCAAAAGAUCAGUCUCCUGGCCAUAGCCAUGUUGCGAGGCAUCAUUCCGAUCAUGUUGAACUCGCCCGAUUGUGGGUUCAAUGCAUCUGCAGAUGACUCGAAUCGCAGCAUAGACGAUCCUAUGAUCAAAUUCUGGUUCCCUGUGCUAUUCGGUUUCUAUGAUGUUAUUAUGAAUGGGGAGGACCUCGAAGUGCGCCGUUUGGCCCUUGACUCCCUAUUCACGACACUCAAGUCAUAUGGCAAGACUUUCCCAGUGGAUUUCUGGGAUACUGUCUGCCAGGAGCUGUUGUUCCCCAUCUUUGCUGUGCUAAAAUCAAGCCAAGACUUGUCCCGAUUCAGUACCCAAGAGGAUAUGAGUGUGUGGCUCUCGACGACGAUGAUCCAGGCACUCCGCAAUCUCAUCGACCUCUACACAUUCUACUUCGAGACACUGGAACGCUUCCUUGAUGGACUGUUGGAUCUUCUUUGCGUCUGCAUCUGCCAGGAAAACGACACUCUGGCACGGAUUGGGACAAGCUGUUUACAGCAGCUGUUAGAGAGCAACGUGAAGAAGCUGAGCCCGGCCCGUUGGGAAAGAGUCGCGACAACAUUCGUCAAGCUGUUCCGGACAACAACGCCGCAUCAACUUUUCGACGAAAGUCUUCGAGUGGAGAUCGAUGGCAACGUAUCAGAUCUGCCCGACUCACCAGAGACUAACGGCCAAGCCAUCGUUCCCGCACCAUUGUCUCCAAACGAGCAGCAAAAGAACGCCAAGGUAUCUGUCAAUGAUCGCAGGCGAAUAUUCCGGCAAAUCAUUGUGAAGUGUGUCCUUCAACUGUUGUUGAUUGAGACCACCAACGACCUCCUGCGCAACGAUGAGGUGUAUAACACGAUACCUCCCGAACAUCUACUGCGCUUGAUGGGCGUCCUGGAUCACAGCUACCAGUUCGCCAGAAUGUUUAAUGAGGACAAGGAAUUGCGUACAGGGCUGUGGAAAGUUGGAUUUAUGAAGCACUUGCCGAACUUGCUAAAGCAGGAGUCGAGCAGUGCUUCCACAUUAGUCCAUGUUCUACUACGUAUGUACUAUGAUUUACGGCCCGAGCACCAAGCAGCCAGGCCCCAAGUUGCCGAGCGACUUCUGCCCCUUGGCCUUGGUGUUUUGGGAGAUUUCAACAAGUUGCGUAUAGAUACGCAGCUCAAAAACAUCGCAGCUUGGACACCAGUCGUUGCGGAGAUUUUGCAGGGCUUUGUUCGCUUCGAUGACAAGGCGUUCGCGAGGUAUCUGCCUGCCAUUUAUCCGUUAGCAACUGACUUGCUCUCUCGGGAUAUGUCUCCUGAGAUUCGAGAAGGACUGCGGGAUUAUUUCAUGCGAGUCGGAUACAUACAGGGAAUCAUGGAUCGGUCAUAACCUACAUUUUCACUUUCGCAUGUAGCAUCUAUUACUUAUUAUUGUGCACGUUUGUAUAAUCGUCAGUCCUCGGUAUAUUAUCGCAUCGUAUCUAU